AUGGGUUUUGUCCGAUCAUUAUGCUCAUUCAUAGUCUUCUUUAGCUGUCUCGUAUCGGCUUUUGGCCAAGGUACGAGGAUCGGGUUCUACUCAACCACAUGCCCUAAUGCCGAGACGAUUGUUAGGACCACCGUGACUUCUCAUUUCGGUUCUGAUCCAACGGUUGCACCCGGUUUACUGAGAAUGCAUAAUCACGAUUGCUUCGUCGAGGGUUGUGAUGGUUCGGUGCUUAUAUCGGGACCAAACACUGAAAGAACCGCCGGUGCAAACUUUAACCUUCGUGGCUUUGAGGUCAUUGACGAUGCCAAGAGGCAGCUCGAGGUGGCGUGUCCUGGUGUUGUCUCUUGUGCCGAUAUUUUAGCCUUAGCGGCUCGUGAUUCUAUCACCCUCACGAAAGGACAGAGCUGGCAAGUCCCAACAGGACGUAGAGAUGGACGAGUUUCUUUGGCAACAAACGUUAACAAUCUUCCCUCUCCAAGUGACUCUUUCGCCAUUCAACAAAGGAAAUUCGCCGCUUUCCGUCUCAACACUCGUGACCUCGUUGCUCUCGUUGGAGGACACACGAUUGGAACAGCUGCAUGUGGAUUCUUCACAAACAGGAUAUUCAAUUCGACCGGAAACACGGCAGAUCCGACGAUGGACCAAACGUUCGUACCACAACUUCAAAGACUUUGUCCCCAAAACGGGGACGCAUCAAGACGCGUGGAUCUUGACGCCGGAAGUGGCAAUACUUUUGAUACUUCCUUCUUCAACAACCUUAGCCGUGGCAGAGGAAUUCUCCAAUCUGAUCAUGUUCUUUGGACUACUCCGGCCACGAGAUCGAUAGUGCAAGAGUUUAUGGCUUCUAGAGCUAACUUCAAUGCUCAGUUUGCGAGGUCGAUGGUUAAGAUGAGUAAUAUUGGUGUGAAGACAGGGGCAAAUGGAGAAAUCCGUAGGGUUUGUUCGGCUGUUAAUUAA